AUGGAAAUUGCAGCUCAGAACUUCAAAGACCCUGGCAGAGACCCCCUCCAAGCAGUUUAUGCUGUUGAAGAGUUGAUUAAGGAAGAGGAACAAGUGAUUGUUAGGAUGGAGACAUGGCAUGAGGCAACUUUAGUUGCAUCCAUUGGCAACCGAGAACAAGUCCCAAUCCUGUCACUUGCAUUAGCGGCCACCAUUUCACCCCCAUCGACCGCCCUUCGUUGGCCUUUCUUGGUACAAAUAGCCACCAAUGGCUCCCAACAAGUAAAUUGCUUUACAUCCAUUCUUCAAUCCUACAAAUGGAAAAAAGUAAUAGCGAUAUACGAAGACGAUACCUAUGGUAGCGAUUCCAGUGGGCUGGCUUUGUUAUCCGAAUCACUUCUUAGCAUUGGCACAAAGAUUGAGUUUUCCCGCCAUUCUCUUCUCUUUCUGAUCCACAAGGGUUUGUUCAUAAAGAAUUUGCGAUCAUUGUUACCUUUGGCUAUUCAUUUGUUCAGAGAAGCUAAGCAAUUAGGGUUGGUGGAGAGAGACUCGGUGUGGAUAAUAACAGACGCAAUUUCAAGUCUUUUGGAUUCUGUUAAUAUUUCUGUCAUCUCCAAUAUGCAAGGAAAGCUAGUGAAUGCUGUCCCAAAAGGAUGGACAAUGCCCAGUGAAGCAAAGAAGUUGAAGAUUGGAGUUCUAGCUGAGACUGCUUUUGAGAUGUUUGUGAAGGUGGUUGAGCAUUCAAAUGGGGAGAAGAGUUAUUUGGGGUUUUGCAUUGAAGUUUUUGAAAAGGAUGUAGAAGUUUUGGGUUAUGACCUACCCUACAAAUUUGAGCCCUUCCACUUGUCGUACGAUGAUUUAGUUCUUUGCGUCGGCAACAAGGAUCUAGGAGAGUUUGAGAGUGGCAAUAUCACAGCAGCUUUUCUUGAACCCCCUUAUGAGAAGAUUUUCCUCAGAGAAAAUUGCAACAAAUAUACUGUCUCUGGGCCAACCUAUAAAUUUGGAGGAUGGGGUUUUGUGAGUAUUCACUGCAACUCUUCUUCACACUUUUGA